AUGAACUCCUUCUCCCACCUAAGAUCGUUCUUCGGAGGAGUGAUUCUUCGUCAACGGAGUGCCUUCGUCAGAGAUAGACUCCUGCACGGGAGUGGUCUUCGUCGGAGGUGUGGAGUGGAGAGGAUGGGUAUUAUGCGCGAUGGACAUCAAGAAAAAGAGGUGGAGGAAAAGGUGCAAUUCAAUGAUUACAAGAAAGCUCAGGACAUGUACAGGGUGAGGGAAUAG